AUGGCUUUCUACAAAGUGAUCUGUUUGGCUGCUGUGCUGAUGCUCCUGACCCAAGAGUCUGAGUCGCAGCUGAAAGUUUGCGGUCAGCCGAGUCUGAACACCAGGAUUGUAGGAGGACAGGCCGCCCCUCCUGGCAGCUGGCCCUGGCAGGUCAGUCUGCAAAUAUAUGGGUUCCAUUUCUGUGGAGGAUCCCUCAUUAACAAUCAGUGGGUGCUGUGUGCUGCUCACUGCUUUCAGAGAAUCAGUGCAAGCAGUGUGACUGUGUCUCUGGGCCUUCAGAGUCUGCAGGGAUCCAACCCCAAUGCGGUGUCUCGGACAGUAACACAGAUCAUCAUCCAUCCCACCUACAACUCUGUUACCUCUGACAAUGACAUCUCCCUCCUGAAGCUCUCCUCAUCAGUGACUUUCACCAACUACAUUGCUCCCGUCUGCCUGGCAGCCUCAAACAGCACCUUCUACAACGGCUCUAACACCUGGGUCACCGGCUGGGGCGAUACUGGAAGUGGAGUGUCCCUUCCUUACCCACAAAACCUGAUGGAGGUGGAGGUUCCCAUUGUGGGAAACAGGCAGUGUAACUGUAACUAUGGAGUGGGAUCGAUCACUGGCAACAUGGUCUGUGCCGGGUUAUCUGCAGGGGGAAAGGACUCCUGUCAGGGGGAUUCAGGAGGUCCCAUGGUGAGCAAGCAGAACGGUCGCUGGAUUCAGGCGGGAAUUGUCAGUUUUGGGGAAGGUUGUGCCUCGCCAAAUUUCCCAGGAGUCUACACCAGAGUAUCCCAGUAUGAGACCUGGAUCAACAGCCAGAUCACCUCCAAUCAGCCGGGUUUUAUCACAUUCACAUCCAAUGGGACUGACAGUGACCUCAGUGUCUCCUGCACAGGACUUCCGCCACUGCCAACCCCCACUACAUCCACCACCACCACCCGUCCAGUAACCACCAAUACAACCACCACCCGUCCAGUAACCACCAUUUGCGGUCAGCCGAGUCUGAACACCAGGAUUGUAGGAGGACAGGCCGCCCCUCCUGGCAGCUGGCCCUGGCAGGUCAGUCUGCAAACAUCUGGGAGGCACUUCUGUGGAGGAUCCCUCAUUAACAGUCAGUGGGUGCUGUGUGCUGCUCACUGCUUUCAGAGUUUCACCGCAAGCGAUGUGACUGUGUAUCUGGGCCUUCAGAGUCUGCAGGGAUCCAACCCCAAUAAUGUGUCUCGGUCAGUAUCACAGGUCAUCAUACAUCCCAACUACAACUCUGUUACCGAUGAAAAUGACAUCUCCCUCCUGAAGCUCUCCUCAUCAGUGAAUUUCACUCCCUACAUUGCUCCCGUCUGCCUGGCAGCCUCAGGCAGCACCUUCUACAGCAGCACUAACACCUGGGUCACCGGCUGGGGCAAUAUUGGGUUUGGAGUGUCCCUUCCUUACCCACAAAACCUGAUGGAGGUGGAGGUUCCCAUUGUGGGAAACAGGCAGUGUAACUGUGACUAUGGAGUGGGAUCAAUCACUGACAACAUGGUCUGUGCCGGGUUAUCUGCAGGAGGGAAGGACUCCUGUCAGGGGGAUUCAGGAGGUCCAAUGGUGAGCAAGCAGAACGGUCGCUGGAUUCAGGCGGGAAUCGUCAGUUUUGGGAAUGGUUGUGCUGAGCCGAAUUUCCCAGGAGUCUACACCAGAGUAUCCCGGUACCAGACCUGGAUCAACAGCCAGAUCACCUCCAACCAACCAGGCUUCAUCACGUUCACAUCCACUGGGACCAACAGUGACCUCAGUGUCUCCUGCACAGGACUGCCACCACUGACAACUACCCGUCCUACAACCACCACCACCCCAGUGAACAGAAGUGAGGCAGAUCCAGCCAAGUCAAUUUGCGGUCAGCCGAGUCUGAACACCAGGAUUGUAGGAGGACAGGCCGCCCCUCCUGGCAGCUGGCCCUGGCAGGUCAGUCUGCAAACAUCUGGGAGCCACUUCUGUGGAGGAUCCCUCAUUAACAAUCAGUGGGUGCUGUGUGCUGCUCACUGCUUUCAGAGUAUCACUGCAAGCAGUGUGACUGUGUCUCUGGGCCGUCAGAGUCUGCAGGGAUCCAACCCCAAUGAAGUGUCGCGGUCAGUAUCACAGGUCAUCAUACAUCCCAACUACAACUCUGUUACCUCUGCCAAUGACAUCUCCCUCCUGAAGCUCUCCUCAUCAGUGAAUUUCACUCCCUACAUUGCUCCCGUCUGCCUGGCAGCCUCAGGCAGCACCUUCUACAGUGGCAUUAACACCUGGGUCACCGGCUGGGGCACUAUUGCAAGUGGAGGGGGAUUCAGGAGGUCCAAUGGUGAGCAAGCAGAACGGUCGCUGGAUUCAGGCGGGAAUCGUCAGUUUUGGGGAAGGUUGUGCUGAGCCGAAUUUCCCAGGAGUCUACACCAGAGUAUCCUGGUACCAGACCUGGAUCAACAGCCAGAUCACCUCCAACCAGCCGGGCUUCAUCACAUUCACAUCCACUGGGACAGACAGUGACCUGAGUGUCUCCUGCACAGGACU